AGGAGUAGAAGAGGUGGAUUAUGAAGACGGAGAGGAGGAGGAAGGAGAACAGAAUCAAGGGCAAGAGGACGAUCAGAUGAGCAGCGGUGAGGGGGCCGAGGGCGAUGGCGGUGGAGGCGGAGGCAGCAGCAAUUCCAAAUCCGGCCCGAUGGCGGAGAAAGACGACAACAACAACGACGAGUAUGAAAACUACGACGAACUUGUGGCCAAGUCACUCCUGAACCUGGGCAAGAUCGCAGAAGACGCUGCCAACCGUGCCAUGACGGAGUCUGAGAUGAACAGCAACUCCUCUAACAGUGCUGAAGAUGAAGAGGAGGAGGAAGAAGAGGAGGAGGAGGAGGAAGAGGAGGAGGAAGAGGAAGAGGAGGAGGAAGAGGAGGAGGAAGAGGAGGAAGAAGAAGAAGGGGAAGGGGAUGAAACUCAGAGGGGCGAUCUGAGUUUGGACGUCGACAGUGACGUGGUUCGGGAAACGGUGGACUCUCUCAAACUGCUGGCACAGGGUCACGGCGCCGUGCUGUCCGACAACUUGGACGGACAGGAGUUCGAGGACGGCACGGCCGACAACGGGGAUGCGAUUGACUGCACGAACAAUGGGGUAAAUGCGCACAACGGUGGUAAUGGACAAGUUAAGACCACCAGUAAUGGCCAAAUAGAAAACAGCGAUGAGGAGGUGUGUUUGAGCAGUCUGGAGUGUCUACGGAACCAGUGCUUCGACCUCGCUCGGAAACUCAGCGAAACUAAGUCCAUCGACCGAAACGCACCGUCCCAGCAAAAUCACUUCUCAUGCGAGGAUCCCAAUCAACAGCCCCAGCAUCACGGCUACGGGGACUUCCACAACAGCCAGGACGACAGGCGAAUGCUCGAUAGGAACUAUUCCGACAUGGACAAUCUCAUGAAGCUCGAGGAGCAGCUGAGCCCACGCUCCAAGGCCUUCUCCAGUUGUGCACACGACGACCGGUACCACGCUCACCACCGGGACUUCGAUGAGGACACGGCCUCUGUGACCUCGGACCGAUCAGAAGAAGUGUUUGACAUGACAAAGGGGAAUCUGUCCCUGCUAGAGAAGGCUAUUGCACUAGAGUCCGAACGCGCCAAGGCAAUGAGGGAUAAAAUGGCUGCCGAGGCUGCCAGAAGAGACGGGGUGAGGUAUGGCCAUGAAGAUCACGGCCCGCGGCACGGCUACGGUGUUGAGCGUAAAGCCCGGCUUCCCGAUGGUAUGAAGAAGCCUUUCUACCAUAAAGACGCUUCACGUGUGGACAAGAAGGAGAGCCGGUGUCCAACGCCGGGCUGCGACGGCACGGGUCACGUGACGGGCCUGUACCCGCACCACCGGAGCCUUUCGGGCUGUCCGCACAAAGACCGGGUGCCACCUGAAAUUGUGGCAAUGUAUGAGAAUGUUCUUAAGUGUCCUACGCCUGGCUGCACGGGACGCGGCCAUGUCAAUAGCAACAGAAACUCCCACCGAAGUCUGUCAGGGUGUCCCAUUGCCGCCGCCGAGAAGCUGGCCAAAGCCAAGGAGAAGCACCAGAGCUGCGACGGGCCCAAGUCCAACCAGGCGUCCGACCGAGUCCUAAGGCCAAUGUGCUUUGUCAAACAACUGGACUAUCCACAGUAUGGUUACAAGAACAAUGUUUCCACCAGCACGCCCCGCUCCAACCUGGCCAAGGAGCUGGAGAAGUACUCCAAGACCAGCUUUGACUACAGCGCCUUCGACGGCGGCAACAACCACCACGUGUACGGGAAACGGGCCAUCGCUCCCAAAGUGCACGGGCAGAGGGACACGUCGCCCAAAGGCUACGACGCCAAACGUUACUGCAAGAACUCCAGCUCGGCCAGCAGCACCACCAGCACCUACGCCCCCAGCAGCAGCGGCAGCAGCCUGAGCUGUGGCGGCGGUGGCGGCGGAGGGGGCGCGGGAGGCGGUGGUGGGGGCAGCAGCGCCAGCAGCACCUGCAGCAAGAGCAGCUUCGACUACAGCCACGACAUGGAGGCCGCCCACAUGGCCGCCACCGCCAUCCUCAACCUGUCCACCCGCUGCCGGGAGAUGCCCCAUGACAUGGCGGGGAAGCCGCAGGACCUGUGCUCGCAGAGUCCCGGUCUAGAUGUCGAUGAGAACGGUACGUUGGACCUGAGCGUGAGCAAGCGUCUUUGCAGCGGCGGCGCAGGCGACUCGGUGCUAACGCCCCUUGAGCCCAUGUCCCCCCAGAGGCAGGCCGCCCUGCUGGGCUCCCGCUGCUACGGCAUGGGGGGCGCGGCAGACUGCUGGGACCUGCCCGUAGACUACACCAAGAUCAAACACAUAGACGAGGACGAGAAAGAGCCGGACGACCUCGACCCCUUCCACGACCUCCUGGACGACCGCUCCUACACCACAGACGUCAACAUGCCGAGCCCCAAGCCCAAAUACCUCCAGUGCAAGGAGACGAAGAAGGACCUGAUAACAUGUCCCACACCGGGGUGUGAUGGAAGUGGUCACUUGACGAGCAAUUUCGCCUCACAUCGAAGUCUCUCAGGUUGUCCUUUAGCCGACAAAAGCAUUCGAAGCAUGCUGGCCAACAACGCGCAAGAGCUCAAGUGCCCGACACCAGGGUGCGACGGUUCGGGACAUAUCACUGGCAACUACGCCUCACACAGAAGUCUUUCAGGGUGUCCACGUGCCAGGAAAAGUGGGAUAAAGAUCAUCCACAGCAAAGAGAACAAGGAGGACCAGGAGCCUAUCAGGUGUCCGGUCCCGGGAUGUGAUGGUCAGGGUCACGUGACGGGGAAGUAUGCAUCCCACAGAAGCGCGUCCGGAUGCCCCAUCGCAGCCAAGAGGCAAAAGGACGGAUACCUGAACGGCAUUCAGUUCACGUGGAAGUCCGGGAAGACGGAGGGCAUGUCCUGCCCGACGCCAGGCUGCGACGGCUCGGGUCACGUCAGCGGAAGCUUCCUGACGCAUCGGAGUCUGUCAGGUUGUCCGCGUGCCACCUCCGCCAUGAGGAAAGCCAGGCUCUCCGGAGUGGAAAUGCUAACAAUAAAGCAGCAGCGUGCCAGCAACGGGCUGGAGCACGAGGAGGAGAUCAAACAGCUGGAUGAAGAAAUCAAAGACUUAAGUGAAUCGAAUUCACAAGUGGAAGCAGACAUGAUCAAACUCAGAACACAGAUCACAACAAUGGAGUCCAACUUGAAGUCCAUAGAAGAGGAAAACAAGAAACCACUGACGCACAAAGAGCCGCCUCUGAGGACUAACAGCUGCUUACAGAUGCACCAGCAAGAGCCAAUCAGCGAGCAGAACUUUGACGCCUAUGUCACCACUCUGACGGACAUGUACACAAACCAGGAGCAGUACCAGAGCCCCGAGAACAAAGCGCUGUUGGAAAACAUCAAGCAAGCCGUCCAAGGGAUCCAGGUGUAACCAACCAAUCAGCAAAGGGAGACUUUUUGUUCCUGCCGCAGGCGUGGGCGGCGAAUCGCGUACAGGCAGCGAUGGUUUGAUCUCCUCGGCCCGGCGCACUAAAGUGUUAUAUAUUCUAAAUUCUGUUCUCUGAAAAAAUUGCGAGGCUCUAAGCGUAGGAACACCUUUUCGUUCUCUCUUCUCUUUCUGGGUCUCGCUGCGAGGGAGAGCAUCCGAACGCAGAAUUGGUUUUUGAGGACAUUCACAUUUUGUACGUUUUCAUAAGAGCUCACAUAGUGUCAUGUAUGUUUCUAGCUGCUCAUGUAUGCACAUUUUUAGUGUAUAUUUCUGAACAGUAAGCUAACGCUAACAGAACGUGAGCUCUUUUUAACGCUUGGCCACGAAGCAUUCGAGAUGGAAAAAAAAGGUGGACGGUGGAAGCGAAACGCAGCGACGGAGGAGGAUUUCUCUCCUCGCGCAGUGGACGAUUCUGGACUUUUCGAUGUUUUUUUUCCCUCCUUCUUCUUCUUCGUCUUCUUCUUCUUCUUGCGUGUAGAUUGUUCCAGAACAAGAACUGGUUUUGCAGAUCGCUUUAUUUUCUGCCAAUGCUCGAGAAAAGUUUGUGCUUUGUUUUAAAGAAAAGACGUGCAGCUGCAGGUGGGGGCAUUUUUAAAAUCGGUGCUGUAAACGAACCCGGAGAGGAAACUGACCUGAUGUUUGUAUGAAUGUAUGUAUGAACAGUUCUAUGGGAAACAUCAUUACACGGAAACCCGAUGGUGGAAAUCCCGUUACCUAGGAGAGCCAAUUGAGUCCUAGGGGAACGCGUCAUGUUCACAUGCUCAUCGUUAAUUAGUAGAAAAGACCUACAGAGACCUCUCUGCUAUCAAAUCUGCUCAAUUUGGAGACUCGUGCGGGAAACGUCUCUGCAAUAUCAGAACUAUGGUUUCUAGCAGGAAGGCGAUGCAAUCUGCAAAGGAAAAACGUUGGUUGGGUAUAUGCAAUCUCUUGUUUAUAAGCAUAGCGGGGUAACAGGAAUCUUUUUAAUAUAGCCUGUAAUGUAAAAUAUUGAUUUUUAUACAAAUCUUUUAAUACAAAAAGUCUUUUUAAAAAAGGAGGAGGGAACCUGGACGUCGAGUUUUAGGAGCGGAAGUAUAUGAGUUCCACUUUUUUUCUGUACGACUUUGCACAGGGACACCUUCGUUUCCAUGUUUUGAUGUUCUUACAGAAGCUAAAAGCAGUACCCGAGAGCCUGAAGCGAGGGUUUCCGAGGGUUUUGUAAAGAGUAUUUAUAGAGUAUGACAGCGGGACUUACAGGGUCACUGUCCCCACUUAUGUGCCAGUAGACUAUUUGCACUUGUCCUUGAAGAUAUUAUCCUUACGUACGGCGGCGUGCAAUUUCCCAGGUGACCUCUCUGGCACACGAUCGGAUUUCGUACCACUGAGAGAGGAAGAACAGGGACUUGGUUCGAACCAUAGCAGUUAGCUGUAGGCUACUAUCGAGUGUAAAAACAUUCAGUCAUUUUUGCUCUGUUUUAGGAAGAUGAAGUUAUCCCCCGCAGCACUUUAUAUCUACUCACUGUACAAAGGGUUAAAUAGUCAAUCAGUUCGAGGUUUGAAAAAAAUAAGCGGAAGCGGCGAAGGCGUGCCGGAGCCCGACCUUCGCGGGGCCACGCCGCUGUGCGCGCCCCUCCCUUCUCCUAGUCGUCCUAGUCGUUAGCGCUCACGUUCAGGAUCUGCCUUCUCGAGAGCGAAUGCAAACGGUGCUCGUCGUCGUUCACCUGACCGAAUCUCAUCUAUUGUACUUUACCGUCCUCUGUCGGGACUCUGCUUCCCAUCAUCCAUGACUGCGUACGCCUUUUUCCACAGCAUCGUGUCUGCAGCUUUUUGCCAAUAUAGUAACGCUUCAGUAGAGUAAUAGCUAGUACCAGUUUUUGAAUUAAUUCUCAUUGCCAGUGAACACGGAGGAGGGACUUUAAAGCACAAAGCGGCUGCUCAUCUGACGUUGGGACAUAAAUAACAAGCCUGAAAAAGAGUAUCUGUGACUAUCUAUAGGGAACGCAAAGAGGUCGUCGCAUAUUUAGAACCUUUCAUAGAAACUAUUGUGAAUUCAUCAGAGUUUAUUAUUUAGUCGGAGCCAGCUGAUUUAGUUGGAGGUUGAGUUCAGUGACCAUCAACAAAGACAGGAUUUUGUAUAAACUAUUGUGCUCUCUGUGGAACUGAAGUUUGAUUUAUUUUUGUACUACACAGCAUGGAUUUGUUGACAUUUUAAUUUUGCUAUAAAUGUGUGAGAUCACAAGUUGCUGUGAUAUUUCAUUUAUAAAUUGUGAACUUUGUACAAUUUUUGUCAUGCUGGAUGUUGACACAUCUUAAACUCAGAAUAAAGACAAAUGUGUUGCCAGAG